AUGAUUAAUGGAGAUUUUAAUGACAUUCUCUAUCCAGCUGAAACCUCAAAUGCUAACAUUGUUUGUUCUACAAGAGGAAUCAGGAUGUUUGGUGAUUGCCUAGCUGAUUUAGGUCUCUUUGAUCUUCCGUUUAGUGGUCCUCAAUUCACUUGGACAAAUAAAAGAUCAAUAGAUCUUACUGGGAAGAAAUUGGAUCGUUGCUUGGUGAAUGGGCGUUGGCUGUCAAUGUUCCCAUUUAGUCAUUGUACCUUUGAGACUCCAGAGUUUUCAGAUCACUCACCUUGCUUUAUUCAGCUUGUCACUACUCCUCCUUCUUAUGCUUGGGUUAAGGUUGGUGUUCCUAUGUCUACCCUUAAAGACUUUUGUUUCAAGCUGAAAAAGUUGAAAGGUCCUAUGAAAUUUUUGAUGAGGUUUAAUUUUAGUGACUUAGUGAAGAGAGUAGUGGAGGCUCACUCUAAGCUUAAUGCCCUUCAGCUGAUAGCCUUGAAUGAUCCUUAUACAGUCAAUCUUCAGAAUGAAUUGUUAGCAAAAGACGUGUGGAUGCAUCUUAGUCUUGCUGAGGAAUGUUUUUUCAAACAGAAAUCUCGUCUCACAUGGUUAGGUGAGGGUGAUUUUAACACUUCUUUCUUCCAUAAGACAAUUAAGGGUCGGUUUUGUCCUCAUUUGCUUGUGUUUCUUGAAUCUUUGCUCCAAUCUACUUGUUUGAAUGCUCAACAAUCUUCUCUGUCCUCUCCUUUCUCAAAUGAAGCAAUCAAGACUUGCCUGUUCAAAAUGCCUUUGAAUAAAACUCCUGGACCAGAUGGAUUGCCUGCUGAGUUUUUUAAGUCGAGUUGGUAUAUUAUUGGGCAGGAUUUAACAAUGGGAGUGCAACAAUUUUUUCUGGAUUCUUUUAUCCCAUCCGCCUUAAAAUCGACAAGUCUUAUCCUUAUUCCGAAAAUUCCAGGGACACUUGAUGUUAGGGAUUUUCGUCCUAUCUCUUGUCUCAAGAUGGCUUAUAAGAUCAUAUCUCGGCUUUUAUUAGAUAGGUUAAAGAUUCAUCUUCCUGAUCUUAUUCUUCCUAAUCAAACCGCCUAUAUUACGGAUAGACUACUAUUGGAGAAUGUGUUAUUGGCCUCAGAAGUUAUGCAAGGCUAUCAACUUGCUUCAGGUAAAGAAAGAAUCACGCUGAAAGUGGACAUUUCUAAGGCCUUUGAUUCGGUCAGAUGGGACUUUCUUCUUAGCUCUCUUCAUGCUUAUAAGGUUCCUCAGGGUUUCAUUAAUUGGAUUAGAGCAUGUGCAUGCUUCCCUUCAUUCAGUAUUAGUAUUAAUGGGGUUUAUUCAGGCUUUUUUAAAGGAAGGACAUGUUUGCGCCAAGGAGAUCCGUUAUUCCCCAUUCAGUUUGUUAUGAUAAUGAAUGUGUUAUCUCUCAUGUUGAACAAAGCAGCAGAAGAAGGUUCUUUCAAUUACCAUCCUGGUUGUGAGGAUCUUAAGCUUACACAUCUUUGUUUUGCGGAUGAUUUAUUAAUCUUCUUAGAGGGCUCUGAGCACUCUUUGAGAGGAGUUAUGUCAGUCCUCUCAGAAUUUGAGGAAAUGUCUAGACUGGGAAUGAAUAUUGAGAAGACCUCCAUGUUUUGUUCCGGUUUAAGUGAGAGUAGUUUGGAAAGGCUACAUUUACUUUGCAAUCUGAAGCACGUCUCACUUCCAGUCAGAGAUGGUUCUUUGUGGGUGGCAUGGAUUAGAAGAUCAGAUGGUCCUAGUCUUUUAGGGAUCCCUCUGCUUUCAACUGUGGCUGAAUUGAGAAUUGAAGAUGGUUGGUCUCUCCCUACUGCUAGAUUAGAGAGACAAUUUCUUCUCCACUCUUUCAUCUAUACCAUUACCAUGUCUACUUCAAAUGAUACUCCGGUUUGGGCUGUUGAUGGUAUAACUCACAGGUAUUACUCUUCAAAAGUUGUCUGGUAUGCUGUUAGGAUUUCAAAAUCUGUUAAAUCUUGGGCUCCGCUUGUUUGGCACAAAGUUGCCAUCCCAAGACAUGCUAUAACCACUUGGUUGUUUAUUCUCAAUCGUAAUCCUACUCUUGAUCGUUUGUCUACUUGGGGUUAUGAUGUUGAGUUAGACUGUCUCCUUUGUGGGUUAGGCCAUGAAUCAUGA